AUGUCCACACGCAAGCGGCGUACUCCGGGCGCAGAACCACAAGUCACGAUGCAGACGUACCCGCAGGACACCAGCGUGCCGGCCGAUCAGUACAUGAACUGGAACGAUCCCUCAAUGAACGCCGACAUGGGCGCCUUCAACGACCCGACACUAUUUGACAACUACGGCACGAACACAAUGAACAGCGGACACAACCGGGUGAUAUCGCUGGAUGGCAUGGCGGACGCGCCGGACAUGAGCUCGGGACAAUUGGUCAGGCGCAAUCCAAAUCAGCAGCUUGCGCCUGCUCCGCGGCGGGGACAGUGGGACGGCUUCCCGAGCCCUCCACAGCAGUGGGAGAACAUUGGUGACGACGAUGAAGAGCUGGAGCAGAAAGCUGCGUUGGCAAAGAAGGAUGCACAAGCAAAACGGAAACAGAUCCCUCCGUUUGUGCAAAAGUUGAGCAGCUUCCUUGACAACAACAAGAACGAGAACCUCAUCCGGUGGUCAGACGACGGCAACUCGUUCAUCGUACUGGACGAGGACGAAUUCGCGCGCACGCUCAUCCCAGAGCUCUUCAAACACAACAACUACGCCUCCUUUGUACGACAGCUGAACAUGUACGGCUUCCACAAGAAGGUUGGGCUGUCCGAUAACUCGAUGAAAGCAAGCGAGACAAAGGCGAAAGCACCAAGCGAGUACUACAACAAGUACUUCAAGCGCGGACGACCAGAGCUGCUAUGGCUGAUCCAGAAGCCAAAGAACCCGACGGCCGGCCCGAAGCGGAAACGCGACGACGAGGCCAAGGGCGACAGCGACGAGGAGCGCAAGUACGUCCAGGACACAGGCGGCGGUGGCUACGUUGAAGACUUGACACCGGUGAGGAGAAACGACGAUAUGGCUAUGAUCCCACGAUCAGAGUACAACAGCCUGCGGCACGAAGUCCGGGAGCUCCAGCAGCAGCAGAAGCUGAUUUCGAAUGUCCUGGGCCAGAUCAAGAGGCAGAACGACGAGCUGUACUCACGGGCUACGUCUUUCCAAGCGCUGCACGACCGUCAUGAGAACUCAAUAAACGCCAUCCUCACGUUCCUUGCUACGUUCUACAAGCGUGGCUUGGAAGGUCAAGCGGGGGGUCUCAAUCUUGCAGACAUGUUUCCUGGAGCGCGACAGCAGACACACGGGAAUGUCGUCGAUGUUGGGGAUUAUCAAGCUGCAGAGAUGAACAGGUCGCCUUCAUUCCAGCGGAAGAAGCAGCCUCUUGCUCUCCUGCCCGCUCCAGCAUCCGGUAAGGACUAUCUCUCACCACCCAGUGGCCGCGCAACCACGAUGAGCCCUACGACCCGACCGAUGCCCUCCCCCAUCGCAAGACAAGGCGGCCAGCAAGCCGUCUUCCGCUCAACCUCUCAAAGCCGAACACCCUCCGCCAUGCCAGCUCAAGGCCGAGAAAGCUCAUCCGCGCCUCCUCUGAAAGUCGAGUCACAAUCACCCCAAACCAUGGACCCGCUCCCCGAAGCCGAAGAAAUCCUUUCCGCAAUCCAAAACGCAAACACCGCCUCAGGCCACUCCACCUCCCAAGCACCACAAUUCGACUUUCCCGCCGCAGUCUCCAACUACCAGACCGCCGACGGCGCAGUCCCACUCACCGCACAACAGCGCUCUGAUGUGCUCAGCCUGAUGGCCAACAACAACGCCGCGGCGUCCAACACGAACAACGCGCUCACAAACCCCGAUCCGCCCGAGAUUAGCAAUCUCUUGCACGACCUGAGCCGAUACCGGGAGACGCAGCAGCAGCUCGAGCUGCUGCAGAAGAUGAGCGACCAGCAGAACAGCCGCGUACAGAGCCUGCAGGAGCGUCUGCAGCCGCUGAGCCCGAGCGGCCAGAUCCCCGGGCUCGCCGACGCCAAUACGAAUUACUUCGGCUCUCACGUGGGCGAUCCGGGACAGUACGAUUUGGACCUCGACAGCUUCGUGCAGGACCACGACUACUUCCCCAACGACGCGGGCGCGAACGAGGCCCCGGGCUUGCCGGACUUCAACUACGAG